CCGAGGCAGCUGACAUUGCGCCUGACUUCACUCGCCCCUCGUCAGACUCUUGUUGUUGUUGUGUCGGUGACGCGGCAUGUCCAGCCGGCCGAACGACAAAUGAGUCAGCAUCAAUAAUCCGCCUGUGUGUGGAUGCGGGGAUUAAUCCACAUCUCCCAGCAAAACUCUCAGACAUCGAUCAUUGCCAAUUAAACAAAAAAGAUGGCGGUUCCUGCAGCCCCAAAUCUGCAGCUCAACACGACGAGACAAAGCAGCCCCGUGAACUCGACAGAAGACGACAUUCACAUCGACGAGAAAGAGCUGGAAAACAUCACCAAUCACGUCGAGGAGGGCACAUCUCUGCCGCUGCACUCUCCCUGGACCUUUUGGCUAGAUCGGUCACUACCAGGUACAACAGCAGCAGAGUGUGAAUCAAAUCUGAAAAAGAUUUACACUGUGCACACUGUUCAGAGCUUCUGGAGUGUGUACAACAACAUCCCAACUGUGUCCAGCCUUCCUCUGAGGUGUAGCUACCACUUAAUGAGAGGGGAAAGAAGACCACUAUGGGAGGAGGAAAGCAAUGCAAAGGGAGGUGUUUGGAAAAUGAAAGUGCCAAAGGAAAGCACAUUAGCUGUGUGGAAAGAGCUGCUAUUGGCUACUAUUGGCGAACAAUUCACAGACUAUUGCGCAUCAGAGGAUGAAGUGGUUGGGGUAAGUGUCAGCAUGAGAGAGCGAGAAGAUGUGGUCCAGGUCUGGAAUGGAAAUGCGUCUUUUGCCAACGAGGCAAACGUUUUAGGGAGAAUCUAUGAACUUCUUCCACAGAUAUCUUUUAAAGCAGUAUUUUAUAAACCACACGAGGAGCACCAUGCUUUUGAAGGGGGUCGCUCGAGACAUUAGCAAGCUUUGCACAUCCGCCCAUAAUGUUGCCUGUUUUUUUGGACUGAUCCUAGGAAAUGGACUGAAUAUGAAAAAUACCUUCUGGCCGUGCUGUCGGGAUUCGUGCUUGAUUCAUAUCAUAGGGAAUGUUACGGCACUUUUAAGUGUUGCAGGUCACUCUUUCAUGCUUGCCGUGAGGAUUUUUCUUAUACCAGACAUUUAGGCAAUACCAAUAAGGAUCGCACAGUAGUAGCAUUUGUUAUAUAAAUCAUCACCACAGAGCAAUGUUGCCAUCAUGUUUUUCCCCUUUUUUAUUGGUCAAAUGUUUAGUGCAUUGACUAAGUUGCUGCUUCUCCCGAGUAUUUAUGCUCAUUGUGUUUGAACCGUGAUAUUUCCGUCACAGAAUUAGAGUUUCCAUUAGGAUCACGGAGUUGAAACGUUUAGGGAGGGCUGGUUCUUAGACACGCUUUAGGCAAAUUAGCAAUUUUUAUGCAAAUGUAUUGCACAUUUCUCUUUGGAAAAGUUAUUUUGGCUCUGUGAUUUCACAGAAAAUCUAAGUGGGUGUAACACAGCCUUGGUUAUUACCUUAAGUUAAGUAUAAAGCUAAAUGCAUAUGCAAUUUCCUUAUUUUCAAGCUAAACUAACGAUAUAAACCCACAGAGUUUCUGCACAUGAGGGUAAAAUCUUGCAUCUUGCGAAUGGCUUUAUGAUUUUGAAAAUUGUUGUGUUUCAUGUAUAUGAGCUAUUUUAGUAAUGGGAUAAUAGCGCUGUUCUGUUUCAACUUUCACUUUCAAAAUGCAACUUAAGGUUAAAUGUAUUGUGUUUAAAAUCCUGCAUUUUGUCCCAUGUACGAUUAACUGUAGUUCUUUGUUUUAUACCCAUCUUGUCUUGUCUUUGUAAGAGUUGUCCUAAUGCUUAAUAUUUUUAUUGUCUGAAUUUUUUUAUAGCGUUUGCUCCUUUACUGCCUUUUAUUCAUUAUAAUCACACUGUGUCUUGUAUCAGUGUGCUUAUAUUGUGGUUUUACUGUGUUUGGAACAGAUGGUUAUGUUGGAAGACUUCAGAGCUGAUGUUGAUGUUGUCCAAGUAUAAAACCUGACAAAUACCUGUGUAAUCAUGAGAACAUUUGAAUGAAUAUACUUUUAGUUUUUCAGUACCAAAGACAUUUUCAUUCUCCUGUAAUUCCCCAAGUCUAUAAAGAUCUGCACAUGAGAGACAAAGACUGCAUCCUUCUGAUGAAGUUAAACUGUGUUUGUUAUGUCCUUUUUGUUGGUCUUUUACCCAAAUGAUCCUUUGCUGCAAUUUUUUUAGGUCUGUCAUGUCAGAAAUAAGCCCAAAAAGACAUAGUGCACCAGGUUAAAAAGCACAAUUAUCAGAGGCGUGCGAAAUAACUUGGACAUGCAGCUUUUCUUUCAUAUAGUUGUUUCCUACCAGCACAGAUCUCUUUAUGAGAUGUGAAUGCUGAGAUGGAUUUUUGGAUUCUUUUUUCUGAGCUCUUGUGUCGGUUUUCCCUGUCUCCCAGUCUGGACCUGAAACUUCAAACUGAUUGUCAAUCUUCUGGAAUGGUGCCUUGAGUUCUCCCAGGGUUUCACUCAGAAUGUUUUGUUUAUCUGUGUAUUUAAUCAUUUAUAAUAUUAAUUUACCUUUUCGCGCUUAUAGGAUUUGAAAUAUUGAAUAAACACGAAGCAGAAUUGA